AUGACAAUAUCUACUUUCGAUCACGUGUCUGCGGGGCGACUUAGACGGAUUGCGCGUCAUCUCGCCUUCCCAAAUUUUUCCCUUCUGCUGCAGCUCGAAUCCAAAACAUCUAUCUAUAGUGGCAAGUGUGUAGAGAGAAAGAUGUUUAACUCGGUGAAUCUGGGCAACUUCUGCUCUCAGACGCGCAAAGACCGGACAUCCGAGUUUGGGGACAGGACGGGCUGCACGUCCAAUAUCUACCUCCCCAGCUGCACCUACUACGUUCCCGAGUUUUCUGCCGUCUCCUCGUUUCUUCCACAGGCCCCGUCCCGUCAAAUCAGCUACCCUUAUUCCACAAAUCUGUCUCAAGUACAACCGGUACGGGAAGUUUCAUACGGCUUGGACCCUGCUAGUAAAUGGCACCACAGAAGCAAUUAUGCUUCGUGCUACUCGGGAGAGGAUCUUGUGCAUAGGGACUGUCUUCCACCAUCCACCAUGACAGAAAUGCUUAUGAAGAACGAGAGUGUGUACAGCCACCACCAUCAUCAUCACACCCAUCCGGGCUCCAAUCACCCCUCCACAGGCUUUUACUCCGGUGUUGGGAAAAAUAACGUCCUCCCGCAAGGUUUCGAUCGCUUUUUUGAGACCGCAUACUGCAGCAGCACGGACAAUCAGUCAGACAAUUGUUUACAAAAGGGCGAGGGGGGGAAACUGGAAAGCGACUCCCAACAGCAGCAGCAGCAACAGCAGCAGCCCACAGCCUCUGUUCCUGGAGCCUCGGAGCAGGAAAAAGACCCAGACGAUGAGGAAGAACAUACAAAUUCAGGGUCUUGCACUUCUUCCUCCGCAACAACCAAGGACGGCAACGCCAACAAGAGCAGCCACUCGAGCGUUCCUCGAACAAGGAAGAAGAGGUGUCCUUAUUCCAAGUUCCAGAUUCGAGAGCUGGAGCGGGAAUUUUUCUUUAACGUUUACAUUAACAAAGAGAAAAGGCUUCAACUUUCCCGAAUGUUAAACCUCACCGACCGCCAAGUUAAAAUUUGGUUUCAAAAUAGAAGAAUGAAAGAAAAGAAGCUGAGCAGAGAUCGCCUCCAGUACUUUUCUGGAAACCCCCUUUUGUGA